AUGGCAGGCCCGCCCGUACGAGAACGCUUCAAUGCAAAAGCGCGCGGAUCGACAGCCGGGAGUGGAGGCCACAAGAAGCGCAAGAGACCUUCAGCAAAGGCCAGGGCGGAGGCGCUGGGAAGCGAUGGGGAUGUCGAGAUGAAGGAGCCGGUCAAGGCGGCGGAACCGCCCGCUGGGUCGGGAAUGAGCAGUAAGAAGCGGAAGAGGAUGGAGAGCUAUAUUGACAAAAAGCUCAAGUCAGAAUCCAGAUUGGAGACUAUCAAGCUCCUGGCCUCCCUGGCCCCUUCCACGUCCUCGUCAGCCAAUAUGCUGUCUUCCUCCUCGCUCGGCCAAAAUCCUUUCAACCCGACCAGCGCACAGGAGCGUAAAGAUCUGCGGGAAGACCGGAUGGUCAGGCGGGGGAUUGACGUGCUCAAGAAACGGCAUGGUGCCGCUGGGGAAGAGGGCGAGUCAGAGGAGGAGGACGCGAUCAAGCCGAAAGGAAGAGGAAAGGAGACGGUGGUGGACGUCGAUAUGGAGGACGUGGCUGAGGAUUAUGGAGAGGCAGAAGCAGGAGUCAAGGGGAAGAACAGGCAACGAAAGUCUAAGGCAGCUAAGAAGGCGAGUUGGAAUCCAAAUCUCCUCCAGACGCAGCCGGACUCUUCCUCUGACUUCGACUCCUCAGAUUCGGGGGACGAUACCCCAUCGGAGGCUGAGCCCACGCCUGCCCCCGCUAUCAAACCUCUCGCUUUCGCCCCAGCACCGCCUGUAGAGAGAACCCCCGAUGUUGCCAAUACGACGUCAGAGGCUGCCGCCGGCGCAUUGCGAGCACCCGCUGCGGCUGGCUCUGCUCUCAAGCGACCGGCCGUCAUGGGUGGCGCCCUUAAGAAAUCGGCGGACGGAGCACCGGUCGCGCCUCGCGUCAUUGUCAGGCGUAAGCAGCCCGUCACUGAAGCAGAAGAAGACGAGGAGAGCGAAGACGAGGGUAUGGACGAAGACAGUGAAAUGGACAGUGAGGACGAAGGGGACAGCGAGGAGAUGGACAGCGGGGAAGAAGGGAGCGAGGAGGAUUCGGAUGAGCGAUCCGACGAGGACGAGGAAGACGACGAGGACGAGCACCUCCCCCGCGCACCAAAUAAGGAACGCUCUUUGGGCUUCAAGUCUUGGGCUCUGAAACAGAUGGGCCAGGCCGAAACAGCCCCUCCUGACCUGCUCGAUCAGCGUACGAGCGCCGCAGCCCCUCCCAAACCUCGUAAUGAGGCCCCUCCUGGUCCCAAGGUCGGUCCCCUCGGAGAAGAGUUCCUCAUUCCCACCACAUCCCUCCUCGACCAAUCCUCAUCUGCACCCGCAGAAUCGUCGAAGCGCGCUCGGCCGACCAUCACCCGCCGACCAUCCGUUUCGGAGUCUCGCCUCGACUUGCCCAUUUUGGCGGAAGAGCAGAACAUCAUCGAGGCGAUCCGGAUGAAUUCGGUGGUAGUGAUAUGCGGAGAGACGGGUUCGGGAAAGACGACGCAGGUGCCGCAGAUGCUGUACGAGGCUGGCUUUGGAUAUGCUGGAUCGGAUAACCCGGGAAUGAUAGCCGUCACGCAGCCCCGUCGAGUCGCAGCCGUCUCGCUCGCUGCUCGUGUUAAGUCGGAGCUCAACCUCUCUUCGACAUCGGGUAUCGUGGCGCAUCAGAUCCGAUACUCGUCCACCACCUCCCCAGACACAGCCAUCAAGUUUAUGACGGAUGGUGUUCUCCUCCGAGAACUGUCCGCCGACUUCCUGCUGAGUCGGUACAGCGUCGUUGUCGUUGAUGAAGCACACGAGCGAGGUGUCAAUACCGACGUCCUCAUCGGUGUUCUCUCGCGAGUCGCCAAGCUUCGCGAGAAGAAAUGGCGCGAAACAAAAGAUCUUCCUACAUCCUCCACCACCUCGCCUAUCAGGCCACUCCGGAUAAUCAUCAUGUCGGCGACACUGCGCCUGACGGACUUUACAAAUAAUAAAACUCUCUUCCCCGUCACUCCGCCCAUCAUCCAUAUCUCGGCGCGUCAACACCCCGUCACGGUCCAUUUCUCUCGGAGGACGACGGCGGACUAUGUGGACGAGGCAUAUCGCAAGGUAUGCAAGAUACAUGCGAGGCUGCCGGUGGGCGGGAUACUGGUGUUCAUGACGGGCCAGGCGGAGAUUAUGGGGCUGUGCAGGAAGUUGGAGCAGAAGUAUGGGAAGGAUAGGCCGUUGCGGUCAAUCAGGAGGUACCGCCAGAAGGUGCGUCUAUCGGAUCGGGAAGCAGAGGAUGUCGAAUUUGGGCAGGACAACGAUCUUGCCGCAGAUGUUGAUGACGGGGAUGCGGAUGCCGUCAGCGAUCCAGAAGCCCUCGAUACGGACGACGAUGACGACGAUGAGCUAGGACUCAACGAGCUCUCAGAUACGCCUAUGCAUAUCCUUCCCCUAUACUCCCUCCUCUCAAAUGAUCAACAACUCAAGGUCUUCCAACCCCCUCCUACAAAUCACCGGCUCGUCAUCAUCUCCACGAACGUCGCCGAAACCUCCCUUACCAUCCCCGGCAUCCGCUACGUUGUCGACAGCGGACGCGCCAAAGAACGAACCUUCGAUACUCGCUCCGGCGUCCAGUCGUUCCAGGUGCAAUGGAUCUCCAAAGCGUCCGCCAACCAACGGACGGGUCGAGCGGGUCGUACCGGUCCUGGACACUGUUACCGCCUCUACUCGAGUGCAUUAUAUGAGGACCAACUUCCCGCUUUCGGUACGCCCGAGAUCUUGCGGAUGCCCGUCGAAGGCGUUGUGCUUCAGAUGAAAUCGAUGGGGAUCGACCAGGUCGUCAACUUCCCUCUCCCAACUCCACCGGAUCGACUCUCACUUCGAAAGGCUGAGGUCCUCCUGCAGACCCUUGGCGCUCUCUCUGUACCGUCAAAUACGACCCUCGUCGCUGGUACACAAGUGGACGGAGCGGUCGGCGGGCAGAUAACGAGUCUCGGAAAGCAGAUGGCGGACUAUCCGGUCUCUCCGAGAUUCGCCAAGAUGCUCGCGAUAGGCAACCAGCACGGCGCGAUGCCGUACGUUAUUGCCAUCGUGGCGGGGAUGAGUGUGGGAGACCCAUUUGUGCACGAGUCGGCUAUUGAGGCGGAUGAUGAGGAUGCAGAGGGGUUGACGCAUUUGACAGGCGAGGAGGCUAGGAAGAGGGAAGAGCGGAAAGAGGCGAGAAAGCGGUACUUCAAGGCUCAAUCUGCUUUCCUGUCCCUCGGUAAUGCCGCAUCGGACGCGUUCAAGCUGCUCGCUGCGAUCGGCGCCUAUGAGUACGAGCCAACAGCUGCUUUCUGCCAGAACAACUUCUUGCGCUUGAAGGCGAUGCAAGAGAUACAACAACUACGGGGCCAGAUCGGAGGUAUCUCCGGGAUCAAGAAGGGGAGAAUCAUACCUCCGCUGACGCCUCAGCUCAAAGUCAUCCGCCAAAUCCUUACAUCUGCAUUCAUCGACCAAAUCGCGGUCCGUGCCGACCUCGCCGAGAAGAAACCCCAAACCUACCUCUCCUGCCGAAACGUCGCCUAUCGCCUCUCCACCACUACAACGGAUAUCGCCUACAUCCAUCCCUCCUCUGCCCUCUUCCACCGUGCCCCACCCGACUUCAUCGUCUAUUCGGAGCUACACCGCACGGCCAAAGACUGGAUGCGGGGCGUGACCAAGAUCAACGCUGGGUGGAUCUGGAGCCUCGGACGCAGCCUUUGCGCGGUAACCCGCCCGACUGAGAUUGAGGCGAAGGUCGGUCUUAAGGUGGAUGAGCGGCUGAGAGGGGUCGAGAGGGAGGUGGGGGUGGUGCCUAAUCUGAGGGCGCUGGGGGUGGAUCUGCCGGCUGUAAAGAUCAAGCAGAGAAGAGAGGGGAGUCGGUGGGUUUACGUGGAGUGA